ACACUUCUUCCAAAACAGUUUAGCCUUGCCGCAUCUUCGAGUCCAAAAUCACCACCCACACCGAGUCACCGACAAUUUAUAACUGCCGUUAACAGUUAACACCACCAUCUCUCUCUUCGUCUCCCAUUAUUUUAUAAUAAAAAUUCACACAGACGAUGGGGAUCAAUUGGUAAGCCAAUGAGGAGGUCAUUGCGGAGAAUCAUUGAUUGUUUUAGUAACAGCGAUGGCAAUAGAACUGCGAGGAAACAAGGCAUAAAGAAGGCAGAUCAAGAUAUUCAUUGUGGACAACACGCUCCAAAAAAUAACAAUUGCCACAAGAUGGCAUUUCAAGGAGUUCGAUUGCAUAUUCAUGAUCGUUAUGUGGUGAUGGACAAUGGCAUACUUCAAGUAACAUUAUCAAGACCAGGAGGUAUUGUAACUGGAAUCAGGUACGGUGGGAUCGACAAUUUACUGGAAGUUCGUAACAAGGAAACUAAUAGAGGGUACUGGGACCUUCACUGGAAUGAACCAGGAGGCAAAGGAAUAUUUGAUGUGAUUCAUGGAACAAGUUUUAGGGUUAUAAUUGAAAAUGAAGAACAAGUCGAGCUUUCCUUCUCAAGAAUGUGGGAUCCCUCCCUUGAGGGAAAGUUUGUUCCCUUGAGCAUAGAUAAGAGAUUUAUAAUGCUUCGGGGUUCUUCAGGCUUCUACUCUUAUGCCAUUUAUGAGCACCUGGAGGAGUGGCCUGGGUUUGAAAUUGGAGAAACAAGGAUUGCUUUCAAACUCAGAAAAGACAAAUUUCGCUACAUGGCUAUAGCAGAUAAUAGGCAAAGAUACAUGCCUCUUCCGGAUGACCUUUCAAAGGAAAGAUGCCAGACACUGGACUAUCCAGAAGCUGCCCUACUUGUACAUCCAACUGAUCCACAGCUCCAGGGAGAGGUGGAUGAUAAAUACCAAUAUUCUUGUGAGAACAAAGAUCUCCGGGUACAUGGAUGGAUAUGCUUUGACCCGCCGAUAGGGUUCUGGCAGAUUACACCCAGUGAUGAAUUUCGAUCUGGUGGACCACUCAAGCAGAACCUGUCCUCACAUGUGGGACCUACCACCCUUGCUGUAAGAGACCGAUUCUUAUGGUAUUGGCAGAUGUUUCUUAGUGCUCAUUAUGCUGGAAAAUAUAUGAUGCCACAUUUCAAGCAUGGUGAACCAUGGAAGAAAGUGUUUGGCCCGGUCUUCAUUUACCUAAAUUCUGCAGCUAAUAGGAAUGAUCCAUUUCUGCUUUGGGAGGAUGCAAAAAUGCAGAUGACGAUUGAAGUGGAAAGCUGGCCAUACAAUUUUCCAGCAUCUGAGGACUACCAAAAGUCAGAACAGCGGGGUAAUCUCAGUGGUAGAUUCCUAGUUUAUGAUAGGUAUAUUUGCAGUGAAUAUAUAUUAGGACAGGGUGCUUAUGUGGGAUUGGCACCCCCAGGAGAUGUUGGGUCGUGGCAAAUGGAAAGCAAGAACUACCAAUUCUGGUCUAGAGCAGAUGAGAAUGGAUUUUUCUGCAUAAAAAAUAUACGAACUGGUGACUAUAACCUUUAUGCAUGGAUCCCUGGUUUUAUUGGAGAUUACUGCAAUAAUGUUAUCAUUACGAUUACCUCAGGCUGUAACAUUGAAAUUGGUGAUAUCGUGUACGAGCCUCCAAGAGAUGGGCCCACAUUAUGGGAAAUAGGCUUCCCUGAUCGUACUGCCGCAAAGUUUUAUAUUCCCGAUCCUGAUCCAAUGCAUGUAAAUAAACUUUUCAUCAAUCAUCCUGACAGGUUUAGGCAGUAUGGAUUGUGGAAAAGAUAUGCACAAUUGUAUCCUCAUGAAGACUUGGUUUAUACAGUUGGUGUUAGUGACUACAGAAAAGAUUGGUUCUUUGCUCAGGUUGUCAGGAAGAAAGAAGAUGGUACAUAUCAAGGAACUACAUGGCAAAUUAAGUUCAAACUGGACAAUGUAGACAAGAGAGCAACAUACAAAUUGAGAGUGGCAAUUGCAUCUGCUACUCUAGCCGAAUUGCAGGUUCGAGUUAACAACCCCAAAUCAAGCCGUCCUCUAUUUUCAACAGGAUUGAUAGGGAGGGACAAUGCAAUUGCAAGACAUGGAUGUCAUGGGAUCUACGUGUUAUAUUCUGUGAGCAUACCUGGUAUUCAGCUUGUUGUUGGAGAGAAUACCAUAUUCCUAAAACAGCCAAGAUGCACCAGCCCGUUUCAAGGAAUUAUGUAUGACUAUAUCCGUUUAGAAGAACCCCCGGCUUCUGAGUACUCGAAGGAAGCUUCAUGUUCUUCAGAGUAAAUACUUUUACCAUGCAUAAUUACCAGUAUUUGAAAUGUUAAUUGUCAAUUAUAGGGAUGUUAGUUGCCAUUUAUAAGACUGAAUAUAUAAGUAGUAGCUGUAUCCUUCAAAUAAAAACUAUCUGCGAUUGUAUGUAUAGAAAUAGAUGGUCUAUAUACACAUAUAUACAAGAUGGAUGUAAUAAAGAGUAUAAAGCACGGGUGUGUCAAUUCGCCCGUCAGAAACUCCUCAAAGUACUGUGGCCAGGUGAUUGUCCAAAUUGUACUCUCUAGCUCAUUCAUAUGGUUUAUAGCCUCCAAAAUAGGAAACUAGUUUGUCACAUGUGAAAUCAAUUAGAAUUAUAUUGAUUUUUGAUUCAAAUUUUA